AUGGCUGCGUUGACAACAGAUGUCCUUACUUUCAUGGGACCUCGAAACCCUUACCUAUCUUCUCAAGACCUCCGCAUUGCACAAGCAGCAGCAGACGGCGGAUUUGACUGCAGCAACUGGCCAAAGCUGAGGGACCUUCUUAUAGCAACUAAAGCAGCAGUACAACCGACCAGUGGUAAAAGCAAGCCGAGAUACCCAGACCGCUAUAAUGGGCCAGCAGCGUUCCAGUCGAGCAUCUAUCCCGACUAUUGGAGACCAGACGCGGUUCGUCCCCGUAAAGGUGUAGUCGAAUCGUACCGUGACGCUGCCAGAACCCCCAGUGUCCCAGCAUUCGCCAAACCUGCUCAUCAAAUUCUCGGUGAACUCAGCCAGGCCACCGGUGGAAAGCGUGCAGGCUCGCCCGCCACUGUCGUAGGUGACAGUGUUCUAGGCUUCGCUAAAAAUUCCAACCGCAUACCAUUAAGGCCUCGCUCAAACAAUACGAAGCGCCCAACCGGUUACUUCGUCGAUGUCGUGGGAUCUGAUCCAAAACGCGUCAAAACAGAGACUAGCUCCCAGCGAUCCUUUGGCAACGAAAAUGCUCCAAUAUCCGCCGACAUAAUUGACCUCACACAGGACCAGCCCACUCACAUAAAGACGUCUUCCAGUCAGUUACCCUCACGCGCUCCCAGCACUCGUCCUGGACCACAAGUACGUCCAGUACCCAGGGCUCGCUCCGGAAAUCACCGCAAUAAAGCACCUCGCAAGCGCCAAGUACCACAGAACGUCAUCCGCGAUGACACGAGCUCGAUCCUCGCACGCUGCGCGAGCAAACUCAGAGCAGCGGCCCAUAGUAUGGAUAUGGACCGCGAAUCUCUACGCGAAAGGUGGGAGAUUGAUGCUGACCUGAAGCUGCAAUCUGUGACGGAUGAUUUGGGAGACCUCAAUGCGAAGUUCCAUGAGUGUCAGGAAACAAUGGUACAGGCUACGAGAAUUGUGGAAGAGAAAUUACUGCAUCGUUGA